AUGAAUAGAACUCUGUGCACUUCAGUGCUGUUGACUAGUGCUUACAGAAUGUGUAUUUCAAAAGCCCCACGGCCCCAUUCCACUGGAUCCAUUGGCUGGGUAGUCCCUGUCUCCUCCAUGGCCCCCUCCCGGUCUUAUUCUACAAACAUCAAGGUUCGUUCCUACCUACAGUACAUGAAGCGGAAGAUCAAGCCCCCGCCAAGUCCUCCAUACCCCCAUGUCUGCCAGGUGGGUGACCCGGUGCUGCGAGCCCAGGCUGCAGUGGUGGACCCUGGGUCAGUACAGGGUCCGGAGGUUCAGGAGGUGAUCCACACCAUGGUGAAGGUGAUGCGGAAGUUUGAAUGUGUGGGACUGAGUGCGCCUCAAGUUGGAGUGCCACUUCGUAUCUUAGCUCUGGAGUUCCCAGAGCGCAUGUUGGAGGACAGCUUGCCUGCUGCACGUGAAGCCCGCGGUCUGACCACUGUGCCUCUGCGGAUCUUUAUCAACCCCCAGCUGCGAGUCCUAGAUGGACGCACAGUUCUAUUCCAGGAGGCCUGUGAAAGCAUCUCAGGGUUCUCGGCCACUGUUCCACGCUACCUCUCUGUGGAAGUCUCAGGUGAGAUAUGUAACGUGUUCCACAGAGCAGCUAAAUUUAAAUCAACUUGUUUAGUGGUGUAUUCAUUCCACCGAUUCUGUUGCAAAACUUUUCUUAAACCGAAGCAAAUGGAACGAAACAGGAAGGGACCUACCUGAAUUUCUCCAAUAGAAAAGUUAUGUUUUGCAACUGUUUGGACUAAUGAUUACACUGCAGAUUUAAUCUACCUGAAACGGCCAUCUGACCUAAGUCUCUAGACCCAUGGCUGGUCAACAUCAAAUCAAUUAGGCAUGUGUUUUUUUUUGUAUUAAUGUUUUCAUUUUUUGUUUCAAAGGCUUGAAUGAGAAGGCAGAGCCUGUGACCUGGCAGGUGAGCGGCUGGCCCGCACGCAUCCUACAGCAUGAGAUGGAUCACUUGGAUGGAGUCCUGUACAUUGACCGCAUGGACAGUAAAACCUUCAUUAACGUGAACUGGGCAGCAAAGAUCGAGUAG